AUGUCAACAAGUUUCUACACCUACCAAACGGUUGCUUAUGCAGUUCCAUUUAGCAUGUUUGGAGUCAUGUUUGUGAUUAUGUCAAUCCUCAAUAAACGAGCUCAUUCCUAUGCUGUUGAACAUAUUUUAGGUAUUAAACUAAAAGCACCAGAAACUGACGCGAAGAAGUCAAAGAAAACCAGCUCAGAAACAAUUCAAAAACCUGUAGUGGUAAUUUCAAAAAACGAAAAUAACCAAAACAAUCCAGUAAAAGUAUGGUCAUUACAACAAAAUACUGAAAUGUUUCUGUAUAUUGAACAAGAACAUAACGAACAAGAAAAAGAUAAACAAGGGUUACCGUGUAUUUUACGUUUCUUGUGUGAUUUUUUUACUAGUGCUAUUCUUGCCAUUCUUCUGGAAAUCAUAUUUUCGCAGUGUAUUUUGUCAUAUGAAUCGAUCCUUGCUAACAGUGCAUGUCCUGAUUUCGACGCGGACUGUUUCGGAUACAAUGGUACACUAGUUUCCGGCCCUUUUUUAUGUACAAAAAAUGCCAUUGCAAAUUUUUCAGAGACUUCACCAAAACUUAAUUGUUAUGGAUGGGUAUAUAAGACGAUAACUACGAAUGACGCGUUAAAUUCUAUCGGUGUCAGUGGUGGCCUACUCGGUCUUAUUUCUUGUAUCGUGCCUCUAGUUUUCUAUCUCUCCUAUUUCAGGAAAAAAUGUUGGGGUAUAAGCAUUCUUUGCAUUAUCCUGCCAGCAUGUACUAUUGUCGCAUUCAUUCUUGUCAGUACAUUGUUGAUACAAGCACCAGAACGACCAUCAGUGUUAACAAUACUUACUUUCUCAUUAUUUAUAACAAUGACAGCUGGUGGUUGGGGAUGGGCCGUUUAUACAUCGUGGAGCCGCCGCUUAAAGUCAUCCCAACCAUGGUCUUGUACUAAGGGAAGUUUUGUCAAAGACAAUUGUAGCUUUUUAAAUUAUUUUAUAAACUCAUAUCCAUUAUAUCCAUUUUGUUGUUUUGGCAAAUCUCAAAAAUACUUAUGUUGCGACGGGGACAUUUCUCCAUAA